GAAGCGCACGUACGUAGUCUCUUCUCUCUUCAGUUUUGAGACUCUCUCUCUUUAGCCUCCACCGAGAGAGAGAAGGUAGACGGCGCCAUGGAAAGGCUUCUGCAACCUUCUUCUUCUUCUUCCAAAUUGGUUCCUUCAAGGACGACUUCUCCUUUCCUUCCUCGUCUCCGCUCAUCGACUCUGGGCUUUGUCUCAUCUCACCGUCCCGAGUCACGCCGACUCAGCUCGAUUUCCUGCAACAGUUUCCAGAACCCAUCGGCGUAUAUGCCUCUAGGAUCUAAUAAGACUAACAAUUCCUUCAAUGGCUCUCCCAAAUCGGAAGAAUCGAGGAAACCUAAUCCUGGGUUUCUCCAACGGAUCGUCACGACGGCUUCUCAGCAGCGAAAGACAUUAUCUUCUGGAACGGUCAUACUAAUCUCUGCAGUAGCUGCGCUUUUGCUUAACCCGCUUCUUGCACCACCUGCUUUCGCUAGCUUCCAAACCGCAGCUAAAACAGGUUGGCUAACCAGUGCCUGGACCGGUUUCCUCGCUGGUUGCUUGCACACGCUAUCAGGACCCGAUCACCUUGCUGCUUUAGCUCCACUUUCAAUCGGACGCAGCAAAAUGGAAAGUGCUGCUGUUGGAGCUCUUUGGGGAUGUGGGCACGACGCUGGUCAAGUCAUCUUUGGUUUACUGUUUCUGCUACUUAAAGACCGGCUUCACAUUGAGGUAUUACAAACCUGGGGUACAAGAAUUGUGGGACUGACACUUGUCAUCAUUGGUGCUAUGGGAAUCAAAGAAGCUUCCGAGAUUCCAGAACCUUGUGUCGCCUUGGAAACCGACAUCAGCAUGGUAUCAACAGAGAAAGAGGCCUUACCAACGCCCAAAAAGAAGAAGAUCGGGUUUGCUACAUUUGCAACUGGAGUGGUUCACGGGUUGCAACCGGAUGCUCUGAUGAUUGUUUUGCCUGCAUUGGCUCUGCCAUCUCGGUUAGCAGGGUCUGCAUUUCUGAUCAUGUUUCUGGUUGGGACAGUUAUCGCAAUGGGAAGUUACACAGCGUUUAUUGGGUCUUGUAGUGAGGCAUUGAAAGAGAAGGUUCCAAGGAUCACAGAGAAACUAACUUGGGCUUCAUCUCUUGUGGCUAUUGGUCUUGGACUGGGAAUUGUCAUCAGCCCUUUCUUUGGUUUUAGCCUCUACUGAGAAAGUAAGAGCUUCUUCUUCAGAUAGACGAGAGAAGUUGAUAUCUUUGUAGCUCUAUAGAAGAAAAGAGAGUUUUUUUUUUUUUUGGUUCAUUCAAUUUACUAAUGCUUGUACGAACAAAACCUCGUAAUCCUUGCUUCUGAAACUCCCUCUCGACGAAAACCAUUUCGUGAUUCUUUUUCUUUUUCACUUGAUUUUAAGAUAAGUUUGGCUUUGGUUCUUAGUGAUCGAACCAUUUGCAUGUAACCAUAAUUUGUAAUAUCAAUGUAUUCUUUAUCAAAUUAUGAAUGUAUUCCUGCCAACUAA